CGUUUGAUUCCUCAACUCGAUCGACACUUGGUCUUACCUUUACUCGAAUUUUUGGAUUCAAAUGAAAUUUAUCCACAUGAUCAAGUUUUAAAAGCAAAAUAUGAUGCUUUAAAAGAAACAAAUAUGAUUACUUAUCUUAGUGGACUUCAUAGAGAAAUCAAUGGAUUAGAUGAAGAUGCACCUGUACCAAAAGAAUUUAUUCAAAAGGAAGAUGAAGUGAUGCUUAAAUUAGAUGAACUGAAAGCUUCUGUUGAAAAGGUCAUGGAUGUCAUCUCAGCUCCAGAUGUUGUAGCAGCACUCAGACAAGAUAAAGCCCAGAACUUAUCAUACCUAGAAAAGGAGCACAAUGUCACUCUUUCACAAAUCGCUGUAUUAUAUCAAUAUGGACAAUAUCAAUAUACGAUUGGAAAUUAUGCAGGAGCAUCUGAUUAUCUAUACCAUUUCCGAGUUUUAUCAACAGAUAAUGAUUUAGUUUUAUCAUCCUUAUGGGGUAAAUUAGCAUCUGAUAUUUUAGAAGGAGCCUUUGAAGCAGCUCUAGAAGAAUUAAAUCGAUUGAAAGAACAAUUAGAUCAAAGAACCGGUUAUGGGAAUCCACUUCAAUCUUUACAACAACGUACUUGGUGGUUACAUUGGAGUUUGUUUGUUUAUUUCAAUUUAGAAAAAGGUAGAGAUGCAUUAGUAGAUACUUGGUUAGGUCAAGGUUAUCUGAAUACCAUUCAAACUAGUUGUCCUUAUUUACUUAGGUAUCUAGUAGUAGCUUUAAUCGUUUCAGGUAGAGCUGGUGCAGGAGCACUCAAAGGUCCUACUUCAUCUCGUGGUUCACGUGAAACUGUUAAAGAAGUUAUCAGAGCAGUUACUCAAGAACAGUAUCAAUAUUCAGAUCCGAUCACCGAAUUUAUUAGAUUACUUUAUUCUGAAGUGGAUUUUGAAGGUGCAAGAUCUGCAUUGAAAUUGAGUGAAAAGGUUUUUAGUGAUGAUUUCUUUCUUUCAGAAGAAUUGAUCCCAUGGCGAGAAAAUUGUCGUACGAUGAUUUCUGAAGCUUAUUGUAGAAUACAUCAUAGAAUCGAUAUUAGUGAUUUGGUUUAUAGAUUAGGUAUGGAUGCUGAAGAAGGUGAGAAAUGGAUUGUACGAUUAGUUAGAGAUGCUAGGUUGGAUGCUAAGAUUGAUUUCAAAGAGAACACCGUCCAGAUGAAUCAUCCCAAGUCAUCAGUUCACCAAACAGUCAUUGAGCGGUACGUGUUUUGA